AAUAAUAUAGAUUAUUGAAAUGAAUAUGAGAUAAUCUCAUUUAAUUGUUUGGAUAGCAUUAAACAUAAGACACAACUUGGUACAAGUUAUCUAGUUCAUGGGAAAGUCAGCAUCAGGAUGAGUUAACUAGUAUAGCAACUUCCUCUUCCUCUUCAACAUCUCAGCCAUUUUGGUCAUUAGUAAAAGUUACAAACAAAAAUCCAGUCCAAUCCUAACCAUCAUGCCACCAAAAAGGAAGAGGGAUAUUAGAGGGGAGAUGGUGUCGCCAUCCAGGGGCAGAGGACACAAAAAGCUUCGCCAUGCUCCCAGGCAGCAAAGGUCUGGAGCCAGGAAUGAUCAUCCCCCCCCCACCAUGCCGAACCAGAGACUGCAGGGAGUGAUGCUUCACCCGACAGUGACUUGGGGGAAUUCGCACCACCAAUCAUUGUGGGGCAAAUUCCGACGGCUAGCACCGGCAGCAGAUCCAUGGCCAACACCGCUUCCCAAGAAUAUGUGGGAAAUUUAACAAGGGAGGCAAACAGACUUAUACAGGGUUCACUAUCAGCAAACACAUACAAAGCUUACCAGGGGGCUCUCACCAACUUCAAAAAAUUCCUGAAUAAUUGUGGGACCACAUUGUAUUUCCCCAUUCCUGUUGAUCAUUUGCUUAAUUUCAUUGCCCACCUUUCUAUUUCAGGUACAGCUUAUAGAACAGCUGCACUGUACAUUAGCGCAUUAUCAUAUAUCCAUAAAUUAAGAGGCAUACAAGAUAACACUCAAUCAUUCAUUGUCAAAAAAGUCUUGCAGGGUCUCCACAAAAAGAGAGGUAUCACUUUAGAUUCUCGAAUCCCAUUAACUGUAUCUAUCUUGGAGCAUGUAGUAUCAGCAUUGCCAUCAGUGUGUAGAUCAUCUUACGAGGCAGUUUUAUUUUCCACACUUUUCUCAAUUGCAUAUCACGGCUUGCUUAGAGUAAGUGAAGCUUUGAAUAUCCAUAGGGCACACAUCACGUUUACUAGAAGCAAGGUCAGCAUCUUAAUUCCCAGGUCCAAAACUGACCAAAUGGGAAAUACAACAACAUUGCAUAUUUCCAAACAGUUAAAUUCGGAUAUUUGCCCAGUACAGUGGGCACUCAGGUUUUUGCAGCUGCGCCCUAAUGAUGGUUCCCUUUUAUGCUUUAUUCAUGUCAACAAUAAGGGUGUAACAAGAUACCAAUUCAACUAUGUGCUUCAAAAAGCACUUCAAUUCAGGAACAUUCAAGGACACUUUAGACCACAUAGUUUUAGAAUAGGUAGGGCUACAGAUCUUGCAAAACAGGGGUUUCCAGAUUCAGAAAUAAAAUCUUUGGGCCGGUGGGAGUCAAAAGCUUUCAGAAACUACAUAAGAUUAUAAAAUGUUAGCAUUGUUAAAUGGAAUACAGGCUAAUUUUGCCAAAGUAUUCCAGGUUUCAAGACGAUUUGGAUAGUGGGAU